GGGGCCGGAGCGCGGGCGCGGAGCGGGGCCGCCAUGCGGGGGGCGGCCGGGAGCGCUCUGCCGCCGGUGCUGCUGUUGCUGCUGGCGGCGGCGGCGGGGCCGGUGGGCGGCGAAGAAGCGAUCCAGUGCCCGCCGUGCUCGGAGGAGCGGCUGGCCCGCUGCAAGGCUCCGCAGGGCUGCGCGGAGCUGGUGCGGGAACCGGGCUGCGGCUGCUGCGCGACCUGCGCCCUCAGCCGCGGAACCGCUUGCGGGGUUUACACCGCCCGUUGCGGGGCCGGGCUCCGCUGUUACCCCCCCCGCGGGGUACCCCGGCCCCUGCACACCCUCAUGCACGGCCAGGGCAUCUGCACCGACCUGGCCGACGUCGAGGCCAUCCAGGAGAGCCUCCAGCCCCCAGAGAAGGAGGAGAUCGACCACCCCAACAACAGCUUCAACCCCUGCAGCAUCCACGACCGCAAGUGCCUGCAGAAGCAGCAGGCGAAGCGGGUCAACAACGGCAACAAGAUGCGCAACAGCGGGAACCCGUACCCCCGCGAGGAGACACGGCCCAUAGCGCAGGGCUCGUGCCAGAGCGAGCUGCACCGGGCGCUGGAGAGGCUGGCGGCCUCACAGACCCGCACGCACGAGGACCUGUACGUCAUCCCCAUCCCCAACUGCGACCGCAACGGCAACUUCCACCCCAAGCAGUGUCACCCGGCGCUGGACGGGCAGCGGGGCAAGUGCUGGUGCGUGGACCGCAAGACGGGGGUGAAGCUGCCGGGUUUCCUGGAGCUGAAGGGGGACUUGGACUGUCACCAGCUGGCGGACAGCAUGUGAGCACCACCGCGGCGGCCCCGCGCCGUGCCGCGGCCAGGACAGCCCCCGGGGCUGCGUAGGUGAGGAAGAGAGGGGGACACGACUGCCGAGCAGCUCCCCGGUGCCGGGGGACCCCGCAUCGCCACCACGCUCUGCGCCACGGGCUGCCCACGGCACGGGGCACGGCGCCGCCACCUGUGCCAUGACCACUAGCCACCGCCGCUGAGGGGUCCCCGGCGUAAGCACAGACACUUGU